ACACAGCGCGGGGAAAAUGCUGCUCUCUGUACCGCCGAGGAACCCGUACAGCGCCAGCAGCUACAGCGGCCGCAGCGGCAGAAAGCAGCCCUAUGUGUCCUCCGGCCAGCAGAUGGCGCCACCCAGUCUCAACACUUACAGCAGCAGUACAGGAGGAGCAGAGCAGCUCAGUAAAACCAAUCUGUACAUCCGCGGCCUUCACCCGGGCACCACCGACCACGACCUGGUCAAACUCUGCCAACCGUACGGGAAGAUCGUCUCCACCAAGGCCAUCCUGGACAAAACCACCAACAGGUGCAAAGGUUACGGUUUCGUGGAUUUCGACAGUCCCGCGGCGGCGCAGAAAGCCGUAACAGCUCUGAAGUCCUCGGGGGUCCAGGCUCAGAUGGCCAAGCAACAGGAGCAGGACCCGACCAACCUGUACAUCUCCAACCUCCCCGUGUCCAUGGACGAGCAGGAACUGGAGGCCAUGCUGAAGUCAUUCGGUCAGGUCAUCUCGACACGCGUCCUCCGGGACUCGGGCGGGGCCAGCAGGGGGGUGGGGUUCGCCAGGAUGGAAUCGACAGAGAAAUGUGAAGCCAUUAUUCAACACUUCAACGGCAAAUAUAUCAAAACGCCGCCGGGAGUCCCAGUCCCGAACGAGCCGCUGCUGUGCAAGUUCGCCGACGGAGGACAGAAGAAAAGACAGAAUCAUGGGAAAUAUCUACAGAACGGUCGACCCUGGCACAGAGACCCUGACACGGGAGCGCUGACGCUAACGUACGACGCUGCAGCUCUACAGAACGGAUUUUAUUCGUCUCCGUACAGCAUUGCUCCUAACAGAAUGCUGGCUCCAUCGUCUCUCUCUCCGUACCUGUCGUCCCAAGUUCCCUCAUACCAGGUGCACAGUCCGUCAUGGAUGCACCACCAGUCAUACCUGAUGCAGCCCACGGGGACGGUUUUGACUUCAGCCCUGGAUCCCACCAUGUCCAUCCAGCCCACGUCUCUGAUGGGACCCCUGACCCAGCAGCUCGGUCACCUCUCGCUGGGGAGCGCCGGAACGUACAUGCCUGCAAGUACGAGCUACAUCCCUCAGUAUGCCCCCCUGCCCCUCUCCAACGUCUCCGCUGAGGAGAACGGCGCUCAGCAGCAGCAGGUUCCUCUAGAACCUCCAGCAGAACAUUCAAACUACAACUACCAGCACAGCAAGUGAUCCUGCAGUGAAGAUAUCCGUCCAUCUGUCUGUCCAUCUACACCACGUGACCGAAAGUAUGUGGACGCCAGACCAUGAGCUCAGUGAACGUUCUGUCUCACAACCACGGUGUCAGUACGGCGUCUCCCUGCUGUCUUCACAUCUACAACAAACCCUCUGAGGAAGCUUUCUGCAUGACAUGGUGAGGUCAGCACGGCCAGACUCACGGUCAAUGUUCCAGUUCAUCCCAAAGCUGUUCAUCAGGGCUCUGUGCAUUACACUGUGUCCUUAUAGACUUCAGGGGACAAGUCAUGCUGACCCUGGAAAGGACCUUCCCUAAACUGUUUUCAGAGUUAAAAGCAUAAGAUAAACUUAUUAAAAAUAUAUUCCUUUAUUAGAAGGGCUGUCCACAUAUUUUGGGCUAAAUCGUGUAGAAUGUUACCUUUAACAACGUUAAGGAGCAACAACAUCUCAACAGAAGGAAUCCCAGGAUCUCCAGGUGUAAUACCAGCUGUCUGAUAGAGGGGUGUAAAGCACACUGCCGUGGACUCGGGAGCGCCUGACUGACGAAUCAUGAGUAGAACACUAUGCCUUCACUACCUUUACAAUAGCGUAGUGCUUACUGUGAAGUACGGUGGAGGAGGAGUGUUUUCUCCAGCCCUGUGGUGGCAGUUUAGGGAAGGUCUUUUGGAUGUAACCUUGGGAUGAAUUGGAACGCUGACUGACUUCUAUUAUAACUGACGUUCCUGUGGCUGAAUGGGAGUGAAUCCCUGCAGGAACUUCAGAAGUGAUGAAGGUCUGGUGUCCAUAAACUUUUAUCCAUCAUGUAGCUCCGCCUCCGUGGUCACGGGUUCGGGAGGGACGGCGUUGUUGCCGUGGGUUACCGAGAUUUUUACGUAGGAUUAUUUUCUGCACAUGAGCAGAACCAGCGAGGGAAGAUUAAACAGAGUAGCUUUGAUCUUUUACUAAAAAAUAUCCAAAAAUAACAUAAAACAUUUAAAAGUUUAUAAAAAAGUAAAAAAC